GUUUACCCGCGCGCGGCACUGACCAAUGCAGAUCAAUGCUCUCCGCACGCUCCGCUUCGUGAAAUGACGGCGUAGUGCCAGUGGUUGCGCGCAUGGAAAUAUGGUUUUCACCUAUAAUUCUACACUUGUGCCACAUUUUCUUCAUCAUUCUGAAAGAUUCCUACUUUUUUGUUGAUUUUCUUUGGUGGUGUGUGUGUGACGUGCGUAUGUGGGGAAAUACGAUGCAAAUGCCUGCAAUCUCAUGGGAUGUGUAGCUAACUCAAUAACAGUUCAGCGUUACUUUCGUUGAGCUGCGGUGGUUACUCGCGGUCGUACGUGUAACGGUUGUAGGCGUAGUGGACUUAAGUGAUCCUGAAACAAAAUAAAAAUACUGAUCCGUGCAUGAAUACGGUUGAGAAUUAUAUUAAUUUACUAAUUAAUAUUAAUUACUGCACUUAAGCACUUCGUUAAUUGGGACGGUGAAAACUAUGAGAAAUAAGCGCAUUUGUAUGACGAAAACUGUGCUCGUUUUAGCUGCGUAAAUAGUUGCCGAUUGAUAAGCGCAACAGUUGCUGGACAGUGAAUCGACAUCGGAAAUUAUUUGGUGUAAUAACAGCUUAAAGGCAGGCCUAACGGAGCGACAGCUGUGAAGUUGUGAGCACGCAAACGUAUUGCUGAAGCGGUGUCAGAAUUGUCUAACGGUACUUGCGCACAGCAGAAAUGUUGGAGCUCGACAAAAUCUUGGAGAAAUGUGGCGACUGUCAUCGCUUGCAGGCGAUAAUGCUGUUAUUAUUCUGCAUCAUCAAUUUGCUUUCCGCACUGCACUACUACUCACAGACGAUCAUAAGUUUCGUGCCGAAAUAUUGGUGCAUCGACGGCUAUGCGAAUCCGACGGACGCUUAUGCGGUUGCCAGCGAGCAGACAGGCUCAUCAUGUCUGCCACAUCGGUUUGCAGAGGGGGAUGAAGCCGCGUUUCAGAAUGUCACCGCAAAUGUGUCGCACACGUGUCAGCAAUUCGACUAUGAGCUGUAUAUGGGCUAUCAAAGCUUUACCAGCGAGCUGAAUUGGAUUUGUGAACGCGCUUGGCAGGCAACAUUGGGGCAAUCGAUGUUUUUUGUUGGCUCAGUGGUGGGCAGCUUACUGUUUGGCUUUCUGGCAGAUAGCUUGGGUCGACUUCCCAUUUUGAUCGCCGCCAAUGUAGUGGCAAUGGUUGGUAAUUCCUUGACCAUCUUUGGUACAACGCUUCCAACUUUUUCGUUAUUUCGCUUUCUAUCCGGUAUGGCGACCGAUAGCAACUUCGUUAUGAUGUAUAUUUUAGUUAUGGAGUACUUGCGUCCAUCUCUACGCACUGUUGGGCUGAGCAUCUGCAUUGGUUGCUUUUACUGCCUCGGUUCAAUGGCUGCACCGUGGAUUGCUAUUUUGCUGCAUACGUGGCGCGGUUUCCUUAUCGCUACCUCGACCCCCUUUGCCAUUGUGCCGUUAUUCUACUUCAUUGUGCCCGAGAGUGUACAGUGGUUGAUCUCCAAGCAAAAAUACGACAAAGCCGUUGAGUGCCUGAAGCGUGUGGCGAAGAUCAAUGGACGUGCAGUGGAGGAAUCCGUUUAUACCGAAUUCAUAGAUGAAUGCAAGCGCAGGCAGUUGCAUACGAAAUCUGGUCCGAAUCUCUUUGGGCUAUUUGCAACGCCACGCUUGCGACGAAACACGCUUAUCUUGUUUUUUAAGUCCAUGGUCAUCACUUUGUGUUACGACGCGGUGUCGCGGAAUGUUCAAGGUCUCGGCAUAUCGCCAUUUGUCAUGUUCACAUUGAGCGCCACGGCCAUAUUACCGGCCUGCAUACUGUUGAUCGUGCUGCAAGAUCGCAUCGGCCGCAAAGCGAUGGCGUCCAUGUCACUGCUGCUAAGUGGUAUUUUUAUAUCGGUCACCGGUGCAAUACUCUUCUGUACUGAGCGUAGUGGCGGCGAGAAGGAUGUCGUAUUGGUCGUGAUAUUGUCGGUUAUAGGACGAUUUGGUGUAACGGUUGCUUACAAUUCUGGCGCGCAAUAUGCAACUGAGUUGAUACCGACUUGCGUACGCGGCCAAGGUGUAGCGGUGGUGCAUGUCAUGGGUUAUGCGUUCACCUUCUUCAGUUCGUACAUUUUGUACACACGUUCGAUCUUUCAACCUAUGCCGGAGAUAAUUUUGGGUCUACUUUCGCUGUUGGGUGCUGGAUUGUGUUUACUGUUGCCUGAGACGCUCAAUAGAACCUUGCCCACUUCUCUGGAAGAUGGAGAAAACUUUGGCAAAAACGAGCGUUGGUAUAAUUUCAGUUUCCUGGAGAAACGUACACAAUCGGUUGAUGUCUUGGCCGCGAACGCAGGAUCGCAAAAUAUACGAGAUAACACGGCGGCAUAUUUUUAAGACAAACCAAUUGUUCUGUAACUAGUUCCUAAGUGUUAAAGUAAUAUUAAGCGUUAGUAUGUUUACUAAUAAACAGUAAUAAUAUUAAAACCU